AUUUCAGUGCUCUUUCCAUCGUACCACGGCUGGCGCUGAUAUGUCGGCGGGACAACAUUUUUGCAGGGCUUGUACACCACAUGCGUAGUUCAAUUCGAAAAGGACAACCUCAUCCACGAAGCGAAUGAGACAGCUGCGCGCUCGCCGGGUUAUCUCCGAAUACAGGCGUACGGAUUCCAGUAUGGUUAGAGUUCAGUAGCUAGAGUCCAGUAGCUAUCCUUUUCUAAUGCUCCCAUGGUCCAUGCUAUAUGUCGAUGCUGGCAGAUCUCCUCAUUGCAAGAGGCAGCUAUACGGAAAGGAAGGAAUCGUAUGGUGUUACUCUAAUUUAUAUUUGACUUUAUAUAAUAUUUCUAUACGGAAUCUACAACGAUAACUAAAAUGGGGGAGAUGAAGAUAAAUGGUCUGGAAAAUAUAAAACUUGAACAGAAGUAUAAUAAGGUUGUUAAACAUAUAGAGGACAAAUGGAAAUUAGUACCAGCGUUUUUGAAAGGAAAGGGAUUGGUGAAGCAACACAUUGAUUCGUUCAAUUAUUUCAUUAAUGUUGACAUAAAAAAGAUCAUCAAAGCUAACGAAAAGGUUCUCAGUGAUGCCGAUCCCUUGUUUUACGUGAAGUAUUUAAAUGUAUUUGUGGGUACUCCAGAUGUUGAAGAGAGUUUUAAUGUAACUCGUUCAACUACACCUCACGAAUGCCGUUUGAGGGAUUUAAAUUAUUCUGCUCCAAUAACAGUGGAUAUUGAAUAUACCAGGGGCCAUCAACGUAUUAUAAGAAGUAAUUUAUUAAUUGGCAGGAUGCCUAUCAUGCUCAGAAGUUCAAACUGUGUACUUGCUGAUAAGUCGCAUUUCGAGCUCGCAAAGAUGAAUGAAUGUCCCCAUGACCCUGGUGGUUACUUUAUUAUCAAUGGUCAGGAGAAAGUCAUUCUGAUUCAAGAGCAAAUGUCGCGAAACAGAAUCAUCUUGGAAGAAGACAGUAGAGGCUGCAUUGUUAGCUCUUGUAACAGUUCGACUCACGAGCGGAAGACAAAGACUAAUAUUGUUGGUAAAGCUGGAAAGUAUUACCUGAGACAUAAUAUAUUCCAAGACGACAUACCUGUAACAAUAAUAUUCAAAGCAAUGGGUAUAGUUUGUGACCAAGAAAUCAUGCAGUUAAUUGGCACCGAAGAGGAAUUUAUGAAAAAAUUUGCACCAACCUUAGAAGAAUGCCACAUACUUAAUGUAUUCACACAGAGUCAAGCAUUAAGAUAUCUCAGCAACAAAAGAAAGCAAAAGAGAUUUCCAGUACUGAAAACAAGUCUAGUCGAUGAAAUGAAGGAUACUUUAGCUACAAAUAUUCUUUCUCAUGUUCCCGUUACCGAUUUCAACUUCAAAAUGAAAGCAACUUACAUUGCCCUAAUGAUUCGUAAAGUGAUGCAAGCUCAGUGCGAUGGGAAAUUAGUCGAUGACCGGGAUUACUACGGUAACAAGCGUUUGGAAUUAGCUGGGUCUCUAUUAUCGCUUAUGUUUGAAGAUCUGUUCAAGAGAUUUAAUUGGGAAUUGAAACAAAUAGCAGAUAAGAAUAUACCAAAAAUAAAAGCGGCCCAAUUCGACAUAGUAAAGCACAUGAGACAGGAUCAAAUAACCAAUGGUCUUGCAUUCGCAAUAUCAUCCGGAAACUGGACGAUCAAAAGAUUUAAAAUGGAACGUCAUGGCGUAACUCAAGUGCUUUCAAGACUCUCGUAUAUUUCUGCUCUUGGAAUGAUGACCAGAGUGAAUUCGCAGUUUGAAAAAAGUCGAAAAGUUUCAGGACCUAGAUCAUUGCAGCCUUCGCAGUGGGGUAUGCUUUGUCCUAGUGACACCCCCGAAGGAGAGGCUUGUGGAUUAGUUAAAAACUUAGCACUCAUGACUCACAUAACAACGGAAGUUGAGGAAGAACCAAUCAUUCGUUUAGCAUUUAACCUCGGUGUUGAAAACGUGAACAUCCUAGGUGGCGAGGAAAUAAACAAUAAGGAUGUUUACAUGGUAUUCUUGAAUGGUAACAUUUUGGGUAUUGUCAAGAAUUAUAUAAGGCUUGUAAGCGUUUUUCGAUUAUUACGUCGGAAAGGUCUAAUCAAUGGAUUCGUGUCGAUAUAUCCUCAGCAUCAACACAGAUGCGUGCAAAUCAGCUCAGACGGUGGCAGAUUGUGCCGUCCUUAUAUUAUUGUCAAGAAUGGUGAGUCUCUAGUGCAAUCAGAACACAUCAAGCUCCUGGAACAAGGUGUUAGAACUUUUGAAGAUUUCCUACAAGAUGGUAUGAUCGAAUACCUGGACGUUAACGAGGAGAAUGACAGCUCUAUUGCAUUUAAUGAAUCACAUAUAAACCUGCGAACAACUCAUUUGGAAAUAGAGCCAUUUACUUUGCUUGGUGUUUGCGCUGGUUUAGUACCGUAUCCGCACCAUAAUCAGAGUCCAAGAAAUACUUAUCAGUGCGCUAUGGGUAAACAGGCUAUGGGGACCAUUGGCUACAAUCAACGUAAUCGUAUCGAUACGCUAAUGUACAAUUUAGUGUAUCCACAAGCACCAAUGGUUAAGUCACGAACAAUUGAAUUAAUUAAUUUCGACAAAUUGCCAGCUGGACAGAAUGCAAUUGUGGCUGUUAUGUCGUACAGUGGUUAUGAUAUUGAAGAUGCUCUUAUACUUAAUAAAGCAUCUAUCGAUAGAGGAUAUGGAAGGUGUUUAGUGUAUCGUAAUGCAAAAUGUACUUUAAAGAGAUAUGCCAAUCAAACUUAUGAUAGAAUCAUGGGUCCGCUUAUUGAUGCUAAUACUAAAAAGCCAGUAUGGAAACAUGACAUUAUUGAUACAGAUGGUAUCGCUGCACCUGGUGAAAUGGUUGAGAAUAGAAAGGUUAUGGUUAAUAAAUCAAUGCCAGCAGCUACGAUAAGUCCUGUAAAUCCUGGCAAUGUUCAGACACAACCAGAAUAUCGAGAAGUUCCAGUAGUGUUCAAGGGACCAGUGCCAGCUUAUGUGGAGAAAGUUAUGAUAUCAAGCAAUGCAGAGGAUGCUUUUUUGAUAAAAUUAUUAUUACGACAAACACGAAGGCCUGAAAUUGGAGACAAGUUUAGUAGUCGACAUGGCCAAAAAGGUGUAACCGGAUUAAUCGUCGAACAGGAAGAUAUGCCAUUUAAUGAUUCCGGAAUAUGUCCUGACAUGAUAAUGAAUCCUCAUGGAUUUCCAUCCCGAAUGACAGUUGGAAAACUAAUUGAAUUACUUGCUGGUAAAGCUGGAGUGUUGAAAGGGGAAUUCCAUUAUGGAACAGCAUUUGGUGGGUCGAAAGUUGAGGAUGUCUGCGAAGAACUUGUGAAUCAUGGCUACAAUUAUUUGGGCAAAGAUUUCUUCUAUUCGGGUAUCACGGGGGAACCACUACAAGCAUAUAUUUACUCAGGACCAGUGUAUUAUCAGAAAUUGAAGCAUAUGGUGCAGGACAAAAUGCAUGCCCGUGCUCGUGGUCCCAGGGCAGUAUUGACUCGUCAGCCAACAGAAGGAAGAUCAAAAGAAGGGGGUCUCAGAUUGGGUGAAAUGGAACGGGAUUGUUUGAUAGGUUAUGGUGCCAGUAUGAUGCUUAUUGAAAGAUUGAUGAUAUCCAGUGAUGCAUUUGACGUUGAUAUUUGCAACACGUGUGGUCUUAUGGCUUAUAGUGGUUGGUGUCAUAGUUGCCGUUCCAGUGCCUGUGUCUCAACUAUUUCUAUGCCAUAUGCUUGUAAGUUACUAUUUCAGGAAUUACAGUCCAUGAACAUUGUGCCCAGGUUAACGUUGAAAAAUUAUUGUGAAUAG